AUGGCACGACCUUCUCUGCGCGACACGCUGCUCUCCGCACUGCAGACGCUCCCAAACGCGGUGCCGCUAGACCUCGUCGUCCUCCAGUCUGCCCCGAAACGCACGACCGAGAUCUUUCCCCAUGCUCCAAGCGCUGCCGUCCGCUGCGUCGACCGCGAGUAUCUCGUCGUGGUGAGCUGUGGCCUUCCCGCGCUUCCUGACGACACUGGUCUCUCAAGCAAUUCGAACACGGUGGAGGGCGAGAAAAGUGCGAGCGGUACCGAGGGCGGAAAGGACAGCACCAACGGCGGCAAAGUGCUCGCGGCCGCGAUCAGCGCCCACGUCUACACGCUCCCGAACUCCGCCGCUGAGCUCGUGUACAUCUCCAAGGUCGACUCUUCAGGGUACGCCUCAGCUUGCGGGCCUCUGACGCGCGUGCUCGCCUCGUCGUUCAUCAGCUAUUUCCUCGAAGCGCCGGGAACCGUUGCCGCUACCCUCUUCGCGAGAGCGCAGGGGCAGUAUCUGUUCCCGAACUCGGUCGAGGGCGGUGGCAAGCGUGUCCUUGGCGGUUUGGGACUUUGCGGGUGGUGGAAGCGAGUGUUCGAGGAUGCGGCGAGCAAGGUCGUCGAGGCGAAGAAAGGACCAGUGGUCAAGCCGAGACAGGUCGAGCUCUCGUACCUCUUACCAAGCUAUUCGGCGGCAGAGGCGAGGGGCAUGCUCCCCGCUGCGUCGGCCCUGCCAGCAGGAGUGAAGUGGGACUACAAGCCGCCGUUCACGCACCGCAUUCUCCCCGGCACAUCUCUCGCUACUCUCAUUCCCAGUCUGCCUGAUGACCCGAAGACGCGCUUCCUGGAGGAACUCGUCGACGACGCGCUCGACAAAGAGCCGUACGCCGUGCGCGAGCGGCGGCGGUCUUCCCAGGCCAAACAGCCCGAGGACUCAAAGGACGAGAACGGCGAGAAGAGCGACGCAAAUGGCGAGCCGAAGGACGACAAGGAGAAGGAGAGGGCCAAGCUGUCGCGGAAAGAGCGCGAGACCGAGGCCGAGGAGGAGGAACGCCGCAAAGCGUACGCGGCGCUGGAAAAAGUGCCGACCGACGAGUUCUGGGAGCGCAUGGGAUUCCGCCAAGAAUGCGCCAGUGGCGACGUGACGGGCUUCUUCCACGUCCUCGUCGUGCCGGAUCCAGAGGGCGGAGAUGCCUCCUCCUUUGUCGCGGCCGCUGAGGCUCAGCAGCUCGCCGCCGAGUCCAAGCCUGACUCCAAGCCCGAGUCGUCUGACAGCUCCAAGCCGCCAGCGUCCGGGAAGGACGCCCACACGCUUCCUCCAGCCCUCGUUGAGCGUAUUCUCACCUCAAUGCUGAACACGGAUUUUGGUAACCGGCAGCUCGCGUCCAGCGGCACGAGUUUCUGGACGCAGGCCACCAAGUCGCUCGUCGUCGACGCCAUCGGCGAGAAGGGGUGGGAUGCGUGCUUCGGCGCUAUUGCGGCGAAGCAGGGCGUCCAGCGCGAGCAGAAGCGCAAGGAGGAGACUGUCACUAUGCUCCAGCCGCGUAAGAAGAAGAAGUAG